UGAAAGUUUCUGCUCAGCUGUCUGCUGGGGGUUGAGACAUUCGGUUGACAGGUCUCUUUGGCGAAAAAUUCUUCACCCUUCAGUGAUGGCAUCAGAAAAUACACCGGAAAGCGACUUAGGGAGCAUAGAAUGCUUCCAGAACUACACUGCUUCUGAAGUUUUUAUUCAAGGUUUGGCUGGAAUUGUUGAUCAACAAGAUGUGGAGGCCAUGGUUCGAGCUCAAAAACAAAUGCUUCAGCGGUUUGAGAAAACUAAUGAAAUGCUGACCAAUUGUAACGCUUUGUCAGUAAAUCGUCUAGCUUCAGCGGGGACUGAGUUUAAAAAGCAUACACAGCUCCUAGUGGAUAUGAAAAAGGAUUUGGAUCAAAUAUUUAGGAGGAUCAGUACACUGAAGAACAGACUAUCCAAUCAAUAUCCUCAGGCAUUUGCAGCUGUUCCCAAACCGAAACCCAUUCUUUUGGAUGAAGAAAGUGAAGAAGCGGAGGAUCAAAUCAACUGUGCUGAGAGUGAUCGUACUCCAGUCGCACAAUCUGCUCCUCCCAUCCAAACCAAACCUCAGGCUGUGACUGGUGCAGAAGAUUCCAAUGAUGAGAAAGAAGAGGAACGAGAAAGAGAGAGACAACUUCGAAGAAGAGGGACUUUGAAGUCCAAUCACAGCUCUUCCACAGACAGCAACAAUGAUGAUAAUUCAUCUCAAUGUUCCUCUGACACUGGAUAGACUGGAUUUUGUUCCCAAUCAAAUUUAAGUCACAUUUGUAUUAAUUAAACUCAGGUAAUUUUGGCUGCAGAUUCAUUCGCAAA